AUGGGAGUUUGUGUGGACAGCUGCAGCGAUGGACCUCGCGCGAUUUGCAGGAUCCUUCAGGCGAUCAUCAGCGGCAUCUUCCUCUUCAUCGGGAUUGUCUGCCAGUUCUGGUCUGGUUUAAAUCUCAACGACGUUCCUCUCUCUUCUCUCUGCGAGACCUACAGUGGGGAUGGUUCGCCAAUGACUCAGAGCGACUUCUCUUCUCUCCUCCAAUGGUACAACACGUUCGUCGGUUGUAAGCAACAGACUUGCGCGUCCUAUGAGGGAGCAGCAUCCUUCUUUCUCAAUGGCAACUCCUACGCCAGCAAAGGCUCUCGCAUCGACAUGCUGCGCUAUGCGGACGCGAGGUUCUACUGCAAGUACGCCCCUCAUCAGGUCUCCUCGCAACCCCAGAGCGUGACCUGCAUCACCAAGCUCAUGAGCAAUCCUUAUUCGGACCCGUAUCCCUGCCGUCUGUGGCCCGGACAGCCUGUGGCCACUACAGACAACGCCAACUGGUACGUGCUGCCGACGGAUGGGACGCGAGGGGCGAUGUACCACAUCAACUGCUAUGACAAGCUUGCUGUCUACUCGGCGUUUCUCAAGUCCUUGUAUCAAGGCACCUGGAGCGACUCUCAGAUCCAGGUGGCGCAGAGCGAGUUCCUGCAGGGCUGCGUGCUGGACAAAGGGUCGGACGGGUAUAUCCUCAUCAUCGGACCCAUCUUCGCCAUCCUCGGGGGCGUCAUCACGACUCUGACCAUGUUCAAGAAGUUCAAUGGCCCGCCAUGGCCUGAGAUGGGGAUGAAUCUGCUUCUCAUCUCCAUCAUCCUCCUCCUCGUCAGCUUCUGGUCCAUCAGCUUGUCCACCACCGCCGACAUCUCCGGCAACUACACCUACUGCGGCUCCUCGCAGGCCCCGUUGGUCAACCAGGGCCGCUGGUUUGACAACUCUCCCUGCAUCGACCAGGACUCACAGGGCAGCCGGAGCUGGAACCCCUUCAUUUCUCAGCUUCUCCUGCUGGACUCGGUGUAUGUGGCUGGCGGCGUCCUGACCUUUCUGUCGACUAUCAUGUACCUGGGCCUCUCGUCGGGCUUCACUGAGAGCAUGAUGAGCGAGAAGUUCGGCAAGUACCUCGUCACCCUGCAGGACAUCCCGAUGAAGAUCCGCCUCCCUUUCCCUCCUAAGAACGCCAACCCAGCUAAGCAGUAG